CCCAUUUUACCCAAGCCGCCACUUAAAACUGUCAACAGUCAACAGUGCCAUUAAGCAUUUCCUGUACGUUCUCUCGUGUCAAUUUUAGCAAAAUGACGACUCCGAAGCCUAAGAAGGAACCGAUCCACGCCGUGCAGGUUUUCGGUAGAAAGAAAUCCGCCACUGCAGUAGCUUAUUGCAAAAGGGGACGAGGAGUUCUUCGAGUAAAUGGACGCCCCUUGAGUCAGGUGGAGCCCAAAAUGCUCCAAGACAAACUUCAAGAACCCAUCUACUUGUUGGGCAAAGAUAAGUUCUCCGCGGUCGACAUCAGGGUACGUGUGAAUGGGGGUGGACAUGUGUCUCAAAUUUAUGCCAUCAGGCAAGCAAUUUCAAAGGCCUUGGUAGCUUAUUAUCAGAAAUAUGUCGAUGAAGCUUCAAAGAAGGAAUUAAAAGACAUUUUAAUUCAGUACGAUCGUACCUUAUUGGUAGCAGAUCCACGUCGUUGCGAGCCCAAGAAGUUCGGUGGUCCAGGUGCUCGCGCCAGGUACCAAAAGUCGUACCGUUAAGGUACACAUUUUUUUUUUUUGAUACAAAACUGUCAGCAAUGCGGCAGUCCAAUUUCAAAAUAAAGUUAAUUAAGUAAUA